CAAUGGCUUCUCUUAGCUUGUCUGCUGUUCCCACCACCCCUUUGUCCUCUCGCUCUUCGCCCUUAUUUUCCAAAACCUCCACACAUCGCUUCAAUGUCUCAUGCAACUCUUCUGCAGAUGAAAACCCUAAACUCAUACUUCCAAAAAGUACAUCACUUAAUGUAGACCGGAGAAACAUGCUCCUUGGUCUAGGAGGUCUAUACGGUGCCGCCAGCUUGACCAAUAUCGGGUCCGCCUCAGCAUUCCCCGUCACUGCUCCAGACAAUAUUGCAGACUGCGUUGCUGCCACUGAUGGCGUACGGGACCCCGACAAGGCUAUAAGAGGCACUGCGUGUUGCCCUCCAAAGUUAUCAGACUCAAUCCCACCAGAUUACGUCUUGCCUAACUUCCCCCAACUUCGUAUUCGACCCCCGGCACAGCGGGUCGAUGAUGACUACAUAGUAAAGUAUCGAGCCGCAAUUGCGGCCAUGCGGGCUCUUCCUGAUGAAGAUCCACACAGCUGGAAACAACAAGGUAAGAUCCACUGCGCGUACUGCAACGGGGGGUACAGUCUGGAAAUGAAUGGUCUUCCGGAUGUAAAACUCCAGAUCCACAACUCCUCGCUCUUCUAUCCUUUCCACCGGUGGUACCUCUAUUUCUACGAGAGGAUCUUGGGCAAGUUGAUUGGUGAUGAUACUUUUGCUUUGCCGUACUGGAACUGGGACAAUCCCACCGGAAUGAUGCUUCCUGCCAUGCUAGCCCCGGUGUUUGACGAUAGAGGUAACCCGAACCAGUUAUUGAACCCCUUGUUUGAUCCUUUCCGGGAGGUGAAGCACCUCCCUCCCGCCAUCGUCGAUCUCCAGUACAGGGGCACAGAGAGUGGGCUUGACUGUAUAGACCAGAUAAAUACUAAUCUGUCCACAAUGUACAGUCAGAUGAUCAACCAAACUACCGAUACCUUCUUCGGGACUAAUCCCGGUGAUGAUGGUAAAGGUACUCCUGGGAGCAUAGAGAACGGUGCUCACACAUCGGUGCACAUAUGGACGGGCAACUCUAAGAUGCCAAACCGUGAGGACAUGGGAAACUUUUACUCAGCCGGGUAUGACCCGGCUUUUUACGUCCAUCAUGCGAAUGUGGAUCGCAUGUGGCAUGUCUGGAAGGGCUUGAACCCUUUGACAAACAAAGAUCCAAUUGAUGAUGACUGGUUGAAUGCGUCAUACGUGUUUUACGAUGAGAACAGACAGCUUGUACGUGUCUACAACAGAGACGCUGUAGACGUUACUAAGAUGGGUUACGAUUUCGAACCUUCAAGAACCCCAUGGAUCAAUAAUCGCCCGGUUGCCCGAGUUAAGGCGUCCAACGUUGCAGCUCAGUCAGUCGGAGUUGUGAAGAAGGUGGAGGAAAUGGAGUUUCCUGUGAAGUUGGACCAGACAGUGAAGGUUCUAGUGAAGAGGCCAUCUACAAAGAGGAGCGAGGAUGACAAGAAGAAAGCCAACGAAAUAUUGUUUUUGAACGGAAUCAAAUACAACGGUCAGCAGUUUUUCAAGUUUGAUGUGUUGGUGGAUGACGUCGAUGAUGGCAUCGAGACCACUGCGGCUUCAAGCGAGUUUGCGGGUACUUUUGCGCAGGUGCCACAUGGCCUCGGAGGGGAGAAGAUGUUCAUGACAACUGGGAGGGCGUUUGUGAUCAAUGAGCUUUUGGAGGAUAUUGAAGCUGAAGACGACGAGUAUGUUUUGGUUACUUUGGUGCCGAGGGCAGGGGCGGAUGAUGCAACCGUUUCUGAGAUCAAGAUUCAGCUGGUUCCCACCGAGUAAAAUUCCUUGAUACAACAACUGCAUUUUCAAUCUUCAUUUUCAUGCAUGGUUACGUAGCUUUUUUCUGUAUGGGUCUGGUGUACGUGUGCAUGUCACGAGAAUUUUUAAAGUUCCUGUGACUUAAUAAUAAUAAUAAUAAUUUCGUUUCAACUUUGAAGUUGAGGAAGU